UGAACAGAGUGGAGAAUAGUUUGGGGAAGUAGAGUAUUGAGAACUGAGGGUAGGAGAAAACCCCCCUUUCCCCCUACGAUAACCCCACUGUGAAGAGUAUAAUUGGAUUUUCAAUCCCCUAGUACGGUGGGGGUAGUCUAGUUCUAGGAAAGUAGCAGUCAGUUGGUAGGAGAAGUCGGCAGAGGAGGCAUAGCUUAGUCAACACUGUAAACAACUAUGGGACUUUUGUAUCCAAAUAGUUGCUUGUUUUUUAAAUUUUUGUUUACUGCUAUGGAGGUUUUAGUGAUUGAUAAUUUUUUAGUUAAGCCAAAUUGCUAUUAAUAGAAAGUGACAUUUGAAUUAGUUUAUAUUGAAGAGGAAUAAAUCAUAUGGACUAAUUAAUCUGUGAUUGCAUAAAUACAUUGAUAUAUAAAAGCAAAGAAAACAUUGUUGAAAUUGAAUAAGAUUUACAGUAAUGAGUAGCCACGAUAGAUUUCGUAGUAGGACAGGACUAUUUCCACAAGCUUUAAAGUUCCCAUCUUUUCAGGAAUUAUGCUUGGAAAAUUCUGCCUAUUUACCGAAUGCUAUGACCAACCCAGCCGUCAUGGUGUUGAAUUCUACCUGCGGCGGAAACGUCACACCUCACGCCCAAAGCCACGUCACUUUCGCCCGUCACCCGACCGGGGGACGGAUAGAAAGCGGAAAGGAAAGCAUCGUGUCCACCGCCGGAGCUGUACCUUUUCCCAAUCCUGCUUUUCCUGUAAGACCCUUAUUUGGGCAAGGAGAUCCCUAUCAUUUACUAUCACUUCAAUCACUUCAUCAUCCAGCAUUACUAGCCAGCCAUGCCUUAGGGCGUAGUUAUCUAAAUGCAGGGGCUUUUCGCCCGCUGGCAGGUCUUACUGAUGAUAGGAAUGGACCAUUUCAUGGCUCGGCUUUUAUGCCUGCAAAAUGUAUGAAAUUAGACAGUCAUUCUCCAGGUAGUGAUAUUAGUGGGGCAACUCAGCCCCUGCUUUUGGGGAAUUGUUUUCCAGGAAGUGGGAGUGAAUCCAGUUUUCAUCAGAGUCCAGCAAAUUCAACAGGAUCAUCUUUAGGACAAACGGUGGGCUCUUUUCUGGAUGGCAAGGAUGAUCGGGGUGAUAGCGAUUCGAUGGCUGAUGGAGCCGAUCGUAUGUCCGAAACGCCGAAUCUUUCCGAGGAAUCCCGAUCGAUAGAAAGAUCGACACCGGAAGAUAGAGGAACGCCAAAACGACAUAAAAAAUUUUACUUCGAGGGAGGACAAACGCCAUUUUGUCCCAUAUGUGGUCAAGCUCUUCAACUCUCAGAUCUUGCGAGUCAUUUCGAAAUGGAAGUAGAGAGGUUACCAGAAAUACGAAAAUGCAUUAGCCAACAAGUAGAAGUGACAUCUUUGCAUUCGCCUUUUUCGUCCCCUAUGUGUAUGGUACGCAAGGAUGACAAAGGAAAACCAGAAUCCAGAUGGGAGACAUAUCAACGAGUGAAAAGCAAUAGAACAACAAGACUAACAUCAGCGCGAUGUAUGAUUAAACGAAAGAAAUGGGAUGAUCCCAAUUGUACAGAGCGAUCACCAGAAGAAAAUCUUCACAUGAUGCCUGGAUUGAGAAAAAGGGAAUCUCCUGAGACGUCUAUAGACAGCCGAACGGCAGCCGAACUUAAUUGGGCUAUGUCAGCCAGAAUGCAUGCCAUUGCAGCUGUAGCUUUUCAAAGAAAUCUUUCUGAUUUCGCAAGAAAUCACGAAGAUGAGAAUCAAGAAUUGAAUGUAGAUGAAGACGACAGUGCAGUGUAUGGACAGCCACAUUACACUGAAGCUGAUGUCAUUACAUGUUCUAGCGAAGAUAACGUUGACAGCAAAGAACAAAUCAGGAGGAUACAAUCAAAUGAUUCUGAUUACCAAAGGCAUUCAGAUUCAACCCAAUGGACAGUUAACGGAGGAAAUAAUAAUAAUGGUGAAGGUCAAGAGGUGACAAGUACUUGUGUUACAAAUAAUGAUGCUGGCAGUGAAUGUGUUUCUCCGUCUGAAAAAGCUUCUAAGCCCAGCAAGGACACAAAUAGUGAUAAUCCUAAAGAGCAAAUGGAGGAUGGAAUUAAAUGCUUAAUCUGUAUGGAAACUUUCAUCAAACCAGUUGUGUCAAUAUGUUGCUGGCAUGUUCACUGCGAAGAGUGUUGGUUGAAAACUCUGGGAACUAAAAAGUUGUGUCCUCAGUGCAAUAUGAUAACUGCAGCCAAAGAUUUGAGGCGUAUUUAUCUAUGACUGUCCUAAUUUCCUUAUUACAAGCUUAUUGUUAACUAGUCAGAUAUACCUUUAUAUUACCCGCAAUCUACAAUUUUCUAGACAGCUGAAGAGGGAGGACGUCAACUCUAAUAAUAUAUCCUUGUUGUGUUGGAAUGGAAAAAUUUAAAUUUUCUGAAAAAUAUCUGCUACACACAAUUAAAAUCCUUUCCUGAACAGCUGAAGACAAAACACAUCAAUCCUAUUGAUAUAUCCUUCUUGUGUUCGACAAAAUAAAUUUGAUUCUUUCAAAUUAACGAGAUUUUCUCGACAGUUGAAGACCAAAGGCACCCACAAAGAUAUAUUCUUCUUGUUUUCAAAAAAAUUAUUCGAUUUUUUCAUAUAAAAACCAUUUUAUGGACAUCUGCAGACAAAAGACAUCAAAUUUAAAGAUACAUCCUUGUUGUGUGAAAAAAUUAUCUUCGAUUCUUCUAAAGUAACUCCAUUUUCUAGACAGUUGAAGACCAAAUGACAUCCACAAUAGAUCUAUAUUCUAAGGCAAACUAACGCUGUUUUCUAGACAUUUGUCGGUCAAGGACAUUCUCCCUAAAUAUAUACCCUUAUUGUAUAAAAAAAGGUACCAAUGUUUGAAAUGUAUAUCCUUGUUACGUCAAAAAUGAAAAUCCAAUUCUCAUAACUUAACACAAUUCUUAGAACGUUGCAUGAAACCGAAAACGUUGAUUUCAAAGUUAUGUUCCCACCAUGAAAAUUAAAGUAAUUUUGAUUUUUUUUAAAAAUGUGUGCAAUGUAAAUUCGUGUAGGAAUUUUAAUUUCAAAUUUAUUUCGGGAUGUUAUAAUUAUUCAAGGUAUUGUUUAAUGCUACUGCGUAGAAAGUGAGCAUAAUAAUUCUUAAUCCAAUAGUACUAUUUAGUUCAGCACCAUAACACUUAAUAUAAAUAAUGUGGUCAUUUACAAAAUUUAUUUAUCAAUUUAACAACAUUUAGUGUUAAUAAAGUUUACCUAAGGUGUGAUAAUUAAUUAACUAUAAUUAUUGUAAUUUUUUAAAUUAAUGUUGAGUUGAAGAUUCAAAUUUUGACUAGAAGAUUUGGUUCGAUGUUGUUUUUUUAAGUUUUGAAUGUUUUUUUAAUUACAUUUUUUGGAAAUCUCAACAUUUUCGAUUCAUUUUUGAAAUAAUUUUUAAAACAUAACGCAUAAGUGGUAUCCAUAUGUAGAGGCUUUGUUGUUAUUUUACCUAUUUUUAUUUAUUAAUCUAAAUUACAACAAAUAUUUAUUACUUCGCUUUUGUUUUUGUGAUGUUUGAAAUUUUGCAUUGCUUAAAUAAACUUUGUUAUGAAAUUUUAUCCUUUCAUACAUAAUCCAUCUUAAUUCUAAAAACAUAUAAAUCUAUUAAUUUAUAUAUAUUCCCACAUUUUAUUCUUAGGAAAAAUACGUUUCGUAAUAUAUUUCCAAUUCUUAUACGUAAUAACAUUUUACAAAUAUCAAAUAUGAACUUUUGAAAGAAAAUUACAAUUUUUUUUAUUCAUUACGCUAAUUGAUAAACUUUAUUCAAUAAAUUUUGAGACGGAUUUUUCUAAUCAAAUUAACUGAUACCGGUAUUAAUGAAUACAAAAAAAAUUGGUACUUACCGUACCAUGUAAUCUUCAAGUCAAACAGAACGUUUUAUGUUUGUAAGUCUUAUCAGUGCUGAAUUCAAAUAUGAAAUAUGUUACUUAUUUUAAUACACUUUGAAUAUUUCUUAUAUUGUUUCUGAAAGAGAAGCAAUUAAUUGAGUUAAUUAAAAAAAGAUAGCUAAAGCAUUAAGUUCUAGUGUGGAAUAGUAUAGUGGGCCUUCUGUUGCAAAUUUGUUGUAAUCGAAAUAAGGGGUUAAACUAAUAAACGUUGUUUUGAAGUUCAACUAUGGUAUUGUAUAAUAAAGUUAAAGAAGUACAUUAAAACAAGGUUCAGUUUUGCUGAAAAUUUGGAUGAUUUUAGGGAUCAAACCACACCAAAAAUUAUAACAGUAUGUUCAGAAAGAUAACAAAAUUUGAACAGCAUUUUGAAAGUUUCAUAUAUGACUUGAAUCAGUGUACUUCUAAACAGAAGACUCACACUUUUCUUUCGUGCCUUGAAGAUUUUGUAUUUGGUAUCAUCUCUGUUUUUUAGUUGCAAAUGAUUCUUUUCCCAAAAAUUUAGAAAUUAUAUAAAUGUCAUCAAAAUAAAUAGCAUAUUUUUAAAUUCAGCUUCUCGAAAUUGACAAAAUUGUUUUUUUUUAUGUAUCCAAAUGUUAAAUUUCGUCCCAUUUUUUGCAGAAGAGUGAAAACUGUAUGUUUCGAAUCAAAAUUACGACUAUUGCAUCUAAUAAAGAAAGUGAGGUAUAAAAAUCUAAAAGAGCAGCUGUGGAUUAUGGGGAGCUAGCCUUUUUCGAAUGAUUAAAUUGCAAUUUGGAUGUAAUAAAAAUUUAAGUGUUGUUAUUGUUGUCUUGUUGGAAAUUUUCAAUUUGCAAAAAGUUUUACGAUGAAUUGUUUUUAGCUUGUAUUAUUGUAUAGCUGGGAAUAGUUUUAGACCUCUUGUACAAAUUUUCCCCUCCCCAGUUUUUUACUUUGUUAGAGUUUGCCACUGCUUGCUUUGUACCAAAUUAUUUCUGUUGUCUGAAUUAUAAAUAAAAACUUAAUGUCAAUACCAA